GUCCUCGUCAAAAACGACCCGAACAAAGCGACUCGUUCAUCUGCCCUGGUCGCUCUGACCUGGUUAGCGGCCCAUGGAUUAUUUGCAUUGAUUUUUUGGGGGGGAUUCUUCAUUUCCUGCAGGGAAGCCGCCAACUCACCGCCAUAUCAGAUGCAUCCAGUCCAUUUUUUUAUCUGGAUUACGCACGUUUGCUAAUAAUCUGGAUGAUAUCUGAUGCCGGGGACUGAUCUCCAGAUUUGUUCUGUGUGGUUCUGAGGGGGACCAGCGCCUCCUCUUGGAUCCAGGACCAGCUCUGGAAUGAGCCGGCGUGAGCGGUGAGUCAGGACCAGCAGCUGCCGCCGUCGCUGUGACUGAGUGAGACCUGGAGGAGACUCGUGUCGUCAGGAGCGAUCCAGCCGGUCUAUCCUUGCUAACCUGACCUGGUCCAGAGGACGGCCCAUCGGACCCCUGAGCAUCAUGGGUCCCAGGUGUCUUCUGAGCUGCUGCUUCCUCCUGACGGCUCUUCUCUGCUCAUCGAACGCUGGCGUCAUGAAACAGCUCCUUCGGCACAGACGACCGACUCUGCCGCCUCUCAAAGAGCAGAACAUCACCCUUCCAGGUGCAGAGCGCCCGCUGGUCUUCAACCACGUCUACAACAUCAAUGUGCCCGCCAGUUCUCUGUGCUCCGUGGACCUGGACGCCCCGGGAAGCUCAGAGCUCCCAUCCAAAGACUCGCCCUUGUCCUCCGGCUAUCAGAGCGCUGAACACACGAUCAACGGGGAGAACCAGAUUGUCUUCACUCAUCGCAUUAAUGUUCCUCGGAAGGCGUGCGGAUGUGCGGAAGACCUGCCGGGCCUGAAGGACCUCCUGAGGCGCCUGCAGGUGUUGGAAGGUGAAGUUUCAGCGCUGAAGCGUCGGUGUAGCGGCGCGGGGUGCUGCAGCCAGACAGUGUCAGGUGACGUGGGAACCAAGCCGUUCUGCAACGGUCACGGAAACUUCAGCGCUGAAACGUGCGACUGCGUCUGUGAUCCAGGCUGGACCGGGUCCAACUGCACCGAGCCGCUGUGUCCCAACAACUGCCAGGGCCGUGGUCGCUGCCUGGGUGGAAAAUGUGAGUGCCACGAGGGUUUCUCUGGAGAGGACUGCAGCCAGGAUGGGUGCGCGGCAGACUGCCGGCCGAGCGGCCGGUGCGUGGGAGGCGUCUGCGUCUGCUCCGAUGGUUUCUUUGGAGACGACUGUUCUCAGACCAAAUGCCUCAACAACUGCCAAGGUCGCGGGCGCUGCAGUGCAGGCAGCUGUGUGUGCGCCGAACCCUGGAGUGGAGUGGACUGUUCGGACCUGGCCUGUCUGAAAGACUGCCAUGCUCGCGGGCGCUGCGUUAACGGGACCUGCCACUGUGAGGCUGGAUUCACGGGCGAGGACUGUGGCGAGAGGACUUGUCCCAAUAACUGCCAGGGGAACGGCUUCUGCAUCGAGGGCCGGUGCGCGUGCAUCGCGGGGUUCGGUGGAGAGGACUGCUCCAGACUCACCUGCCUCAGAGACUGUAACGGCCGCGGCGCGUGUUUCAACGGGAUGUGCAUCUGUGACCACGGUUACCAGGGCGAAGACUGCAGCCAACUGGCCUGUCUCAACAACUGCAACAGCAGGGGGCAGUGCAUUAACGGACAGUGCUCUUGCGAUGUGGGUUUCCAUGGCAGCGAUUGCUCGGAGCUGUCGUGUCCCCACGACUGUCGUCUCAGGGGUCAGUGUGUGAACGGACAGUGCGUGUGCGAGGAGGGCUUCGCCGGCGAGGAUUGCAGCAUCCGGACGUGCCCGUCCAGCUGCCAUGGCCGAGGGGACUGUGUGGAGGGCCGCUGCCAGUGCCAUGCUGGAUUUUCGGGCCAGGACUGCAGUCAGCUGAGCUGCCCGAACAGCUGCCUGAGCCACGGGCGCUGCAUGGACGGCCAGUGCGUCUGCGACGAGGGCUUCGCCGGCGAGGACUGCGGCCAGAAGGCUUGUCUCAACGACUGCUUGGCUCGAGGGCACUGCGUGGAGGGGACAUGUGUCUGCCAGGAAGGCUUCACGGGUGACGACUGCUCCGUCCUUGCCUGUCCCGAUAGCUGCAACAACAGGGGGCGCUGCAUCAAGGGGCGCUGCACCUGUCAGCCUGGAUAUCAAGGUGAAAGCUGUGCAGAGUUGAGCUGUCUGAACGACUGCCAGGGCCGAGGCCAGUGUGUGAACGGUGGCUGUCUCUGCGACGAAGGCUACAUCGGCGGGGACUGUUCAGAAGUUUCUCCCCCGACGGAUCUGCUGGUCGACCAGGUCACGGCAGUCUCUGCAGAUCUUCGCUGGAAGAACCAGAUGCUGGUCUCUGAGUACCUGGUGACGUUCGUGCCUACAAGCAACGACAGUCUCCUGAAGAAGUUUACCGUCCGUGGAGACCAAACCUCCACCACCGUGAAGGCUCUCGAACCAGGGGUGGAGUAUCAGGUCAAUGUCUACGCCGUCCUGAACAAGGCGGAGAGCGCCCCCAUCAGCGCCCGCUUCACUACAGCGCUCCCACAGCCAGGAGGAUUGAGGUUCAAAUCCAUCAGCGACACAUCAGUGGAGGUUCUGUGGGAUCCGCUGGACUUUCCCUUCGACAGCUGGGAGAUCAUUUUCCGCAACACGAAAGAGGAAAACGGCGCCGUGCUCCACAGACUUCCGUCCCCUCAGGACCAGUUCGUCCAGUCCGGUCUCGGACCGGGGCAGGAGUACGAGGUCUCCAUCAACAUGGUGAAGAACCAAACCAGAGGACCUCUGACGUCCCACCGAGUCACCACCAGGAUCGACGCUCCUCGCCAGGUGGAGGUGAAACACGUCACAGACUCGUCGGCUCUGGUCAGCUGGUCUCAGUCACUGGCUCCUCUGGACAAGGUCUCCGUGGCGUAUUCGCCUGGCUCUGACCCGGCGGCCGAAGUCCGCGUUGACGUUUUCCCUCCAGACAAGCAACUAAACAUCGCAGGCCUGAAGCCGGACACACAAUACAACGUGACGCUGACGGCAGAGAGAGGGAACAUCAACAGCCGCAGCGUCCACACCUCCUUCGCCACAGACCUGGACGCCCCCCAACACCUGCAGACCCCGGCUCAGAGCGACACCAGCAUCACUCUGGUGUGGACCAACAGUCGCGCUGACGUCAGCGGCUACCGUGUGAAGUACAGUCCCAUCUCCGGCGCCGCACACGGCGAGGAGGUUUUCCCUCAAGGACCUGGAGACGUGACCGAGGCCGCCAUCACGGGAUUGAGACCCGGCACAGAGUACGGGAUCGGAGUCACUGCCGUGAAGGACGAGCGGGAAAGUCUCCCAGCGACAACCAAUGCUGCCACAGAACUGGACCCUCCCAGAGAUUUCCAAAAAGAGGAGUCUUCUGAGACGACACUGACUCUCUCCUGGAAGAGACCAGAAGCCAAAGUCACCGGUUACCGGCUGGUUUACGUCUCCAGCGACGGCCAGGUGGACGAGGUGGUGAUUCCGGCUGCGGAGACGUCCCACAUGCUGUCUGACCUGGCGCCCGGGACUGGCUACACCCUCAGCCUGACGGCAGAACGGGCUCACAAGAGGAGCCGCACCGUCACCCUGCAGGCCUUCACCACUUCGUUCACUUUAUAUGUAUCAGGCUCGGAACAGCCCGAGCUCACAACUCCUCCGGAGCCGGGGGACAAUGUCAUUAGCUUCAUGAAUUUCGACGAGUCCGAGCUCUCAGAGUCACAGCCAGAGGCCAAGCUCAGGGAGCUCACAGUCUCCGGCGUCUCAUCCGACGGCUUCCACCUCUCGUGGACACUGAAGCCCGCGGACGUCUUCGACAGUUUGGCCAUUGAAUACCGAGUUUCACAGCAAUUAUGGGAUGCCGGAGAAAUCCGGCUUCCCGGGAACGCCACUGGGUCCAGAGUCCAGGGCCUCGAGGCGUCAACGGAAUACGAGCUGAAACUAGUGGGAGUGACUGGUAGCCAGAGGACGGCGCUAAUGGAGGGAGUCGCGGUCACAGGUAGACCAGCAGGCGUUUCUAUCAUCCGAAGACUAGUCACCAACGCUCCAGCGACGUCGCUUCCUCCAAACACAGACCCAGAGGAGAGCUGGAGUUCAGGGUUUGAGCCCGAGAGCUCUGAGUUUAGCCCUCUGUCAGACCUCCAGGUCACUGAUGUCACCGCCACCGGUGCCACUCUGCAUUGGUCAGCAGCGGACGACAUGUUCCACCACUUCCUGGUUGAGGUCACGCCUCCUCUCGGGGGGUUGGACGCUGCUGUGACCACGGUACCAGGAAGUGUGCGGCAAACCCAACUUCACGGUUUGACGCCCUCUACAAAGUUUAAGGUGGUGGUCCGUGGACUGGAGGAGGCGGGCCGGAGGUCUUUACCCCUCAGAGGUUUCUUUACAACAGCGCCGGACAGAAACCGGGCGGUGGCGAACCUGACGCUCUCUGACAUCAGCUGGGACGGCUUCACCGCCUCCUGGACCCCGGUGGGCGGGGAAUUGGACAGUUUCGUUCUGGAGGUCACAAACCUGGACGACUACAGAGAGAGCCAGAACCUGACGCUGUCCAGCGGUGCGUCCAGUCUGGAGAUCUCGGGACUCAACCCCAACACCACCUACCUGGUGGGGCUGUACGGCAUGCUCGACGGCUCCUUCCUGGAGCCGCAGUACAGCGAAGCCACCACAGUGAAUCAGCCAAUGAUCGGAAAUUUCGAUGUCUCAAACGUGACGUUGGAAAGCUUCUCCAUCAGCUGGAGCGUGACAGAGGGAGAACUUGAUGCUUUUGUUCUGGAGGUCAUCGACUCUGAUUGGCUGAUGGAGCCCAAAGAGUUCCACUUACCGCGCAAUGUGAGGUCACAUGAGGUCACAGGGCUUCGUCCUGGCACUGACUACAUAGCCUACCUUUAUGGAACGUUCAUGGGAUCCCGAACCAGCCCCCUCAGCGUCGUGGCCUCCACAGCCGAGGAGCCGGCCUUGUCCAGACUAGUUGUUCAUAACGUGACGUCUGACAGGUUUUCUCUGUCGUGGCGGGCGGCAGAGGAGACCUUCGAUAACUUCCUAGUAGAAGUCAGGGAAUCUGCUCGACCCUCACAGGCGAUGGGGCGCGCCUUGCCCGGAGACGCGCGCUCCACUGUGAUGGCAGGCCUCAGAGCCAGUACUAGCUAUGACAUUAAGCUUUACGCCAGUGCGGGCGGCCGGAACUCUCCACCUCUGUACGCAGUGGCAACCACAGAGCAGGUCCCGCAGUUGGGACCGCUAGCUGCCGCGUCUGCGAGCCCACAUAACCUCAGCCUGUCUUGGAGCACUUUGUCGGGCCACUUUGACGGUUUCGUCGUCCGGGUCAGCGACUCUGAGCAGCAGUCUGAUCCGCUGGAGUUCAGGCUGCCAGGAGGAGUCUGUAACAUUACGAUCGCUAACUUGAUGGAUGCCACUGGCUACGACGUCGAGCUCUACGGGAUCUCUCAUGGGCGCCAAACGCCUUCAGUGCUAACUCAUGCUGUUACAGCGCCGCUUCCCAAAGUGGAGAACUUGACCAUCUCCAACGUCACGCCCUACGGCUUCCGCGUUUCCUGGGCGGUCAGGCAGCCGGAGGAUUCGGUCACACCUAGCGGCGGCUUCAGCCACUUCCACAUAGUGGUGACCGACUCGGGCUGGUUGCUGCAACCUCAGGAGUUCACUGUGCCGGGGAACCAGACUCACCUCAACAUGUGGGGCCUCAUCACUGGCAUUGGCUACGAGGUCCGGCUGACCGGCGUCACUGACUCAGGGCUUCUCUCUCGACCUUUGACCACAGUGGCCGUGACAGAAGCUGAGCCUGAGGUGGAGCAGCUGUUCGUGUCGGAUAUUUCCUCCGACGGGUUCCGAGUGUCGUGGGCGGCCGAGGAGGACAUCUUCGACAGGUUUGUCAUCAAAAUAAGGGACAGCAAACGACUGCGGCAUCCUCAGGAGUUCAACGUCCGCGGAGACGAGCGCACCAAGGUCUUGACGGGGCUGAUGGGUGGGACCGAGUACGAGAUCGAGCUGUAUGGUGUCACACUGGACCAGCGCUCGCAACCCGUUACGGGUGUGGCUCAGACUGCACUGACAACUCCAAAGGGUCUCCAUUUCUCCGAUGUGACGGACUCGUCUGCGGUGGUCCACUGGUCCGUGCCCCGCUCGCCUGUGGACAGUUAUCGCAUCACCUACCUGCCGUUCGAGGGCGGAAGUCCGAUGACCGUGACGGUGGACGGCGACGUCCUGGAAGCUCUGCUGCCCAACAUGAUGCCGGGAAAAAUGUACCAGGUGACGGUUAGCGCUCUGAAGGGUCUGGAGGAGAGUGAGCCAAGCAGUGACACCGUCACCACAGCCCUGGAUCGACCGCAGGCUGUUGCUGUGACCAACGUGACUGACUUCUCCGCGCUGUUGACAUGGCAACCAUCUGUGGCGGCCGUGGAUGGAUACGUCAUCAGCUACAGCGCCAGCUCAGUGUCUCCAGUGGUGGAACACGUAUCUGGGAACACAGGGCAGUUCCUGAUGUCCACCCUUGUUCCCGGUACUCGCUACACCGUUGAAGUUUACGCCGUAAAAGAAGCUCAGAAGAGCGACUCGGCUGCGGCGGAGUUCACCACAGAUGUGGAUCCUCCUCGUGACCUGAUGGCCGUCAAUAUCCAGGCGGACGCCGCCACACUGACUUGGAAACCUCCGCAAGCCGCCGUCACCGGAUACACGCUGUCAUUCUCGGCCAAGGGCGAGUCCGUCAGGGAGGUGGUGCUGAGCCCCACUGCCUCCUCGUACAACAUGGCCCAGCUCAGCGGGGGGACGCAGUACAGCGUCAGACUUCAGACGAUCGUCGGAGCCGAGAGGAGCCGUCACGUGACGGCCGUCUUUACCACCGUUGGACAGAUGCACCAGUUCCCCAAAGACUGCGCUCAGGUUCUGGUCAAUGGCGAGACAGCCUCCGGUGUCUACACCAUCUACGUGGCAGGGGAGGAGAGCCAACCGCUCCAGGUGUACUGCGACAUGAGCACGGACGGCGGAGGAUGGCUGGUGUUCCUCAGACGGCAGAACGGAAAGCUGGAAUUCUUCAGGAACUGGAAGAACUACACUGCGGGCUUUGGCAACAUGAAUGAUGAGUUCUGGCUCGGCCUCUCCAACCUGCACAAGAUCACAGCCUCGGACCACUACGAGCUUCGGGUGGACCUGCGGGACCACGGCGACGCGGCCUAUGCCCAGUACGACAAGUUCACCAUCGCUGAGCCCAGAACCCGGUACAAGCUGAGCAUUGGCAGCUAUAGUGGAACGGCCGGUGACUCCAUGUCCUACCACCAGGGGCGCCCUUUCUCCACCUACGACAAUGACAACGACAUUGCGGUCACCAACUGCGCUCUGUCCUACAAAGGAGCGUUCUGGUACAAGAACUGUCACCGCGUCAACCUGAUGGGCAAAUACGGCGACACCAACCACAGUAAGGGCAUCAACUGGUUCCACUGGAAGGGCCACGAGACGUCCAUCCAGUUCGCUGAGAUGAAGCUACGCCCAGCCGACUUCAAGAACUUGGAGAUCCGGAAGAAAAGAUCGUAGACUUUUCCUAGGUUUGUCCGAAAACCCGUCGACCGAAUCCCCCGAUUUCAGUAGUAAUUAUGACCCUGACCCAAUUUGCGCGGCUCUUCCCGUCGUAACUGUUGCCGUGUGUACGUAGCCCGGUGUCUGUCCGUGAUGUGUUCGGGCGCCAUCAUGUAAAUAUCAGACUGCAGUCGUUAGCAGGACUAACUUGUAGCUACUGAAGCUAACAACCGUCAGGACUCCGAGAACGACCCGGCUGGUCGCCCUGUGUUGGUGCCGCACGAGGCUCCAGACCCGGCUCCACUGGAGUCACGUGGCUGUGUGUGACUCGCUUGACUCGCACAUGAAAGACAGUCUCUCCAGGUUGAAAACACUGCGGAGGCCACGAGUGAGAGUUUUGUUAGUUUCACGUCAGGCGUCAUCCUUGUGAGGCGCAGACUCGGACGGUUCUCCACUGCAGCCCCAUCUGUGCUGUGGGUGUCGCUCACGUGCUGCCACAGCGCCACCCGCUGGCCUGGAGCUGGAGCUCAGGAGGACGACUUGGGACUUCACCAAGUCGUGUGAACGAGCCCCUCGUGACCUGCUGCUGCGAGUCGCGUGCACUCCAUCCUGACUCGGGUGCGACCCGUCUGCCACGACCUGUGAGCGCACAACAAACCCCUCACUUCCAUUUCCUGAACCUCACUAGCGGGACCAAAGCGGAGCAAACGUCGGCGGCACAUACUCCACUCUCAUCACUUGAAACCGUCGGUGUGUGUGUUUGUGACUGUAGUGUAGUUGUGUGCGUUCUUUGUUGAUUAAACUGUUGACUAAACCCAUUGGCUCGUCGUGUGUGUGACGUCACCACCGGGGGUGACUGACCGGACGCGCUACCGAGUGCUGCC